AUGACGACAUCGUGGGAAUCAGAAACUCGCUACGCAGCAGCAAUGACGCCUUUAAGUAGAACUAGACAUAAAACAGUUGCUUGGGAGGAUGCGUUGAAAUUCACGAAAGAUUGCUGUGCUGGAGCUUUUGCUGCUAUUGUGGCCAAGACUGUCAUUGCUCCAGUGGAACGUGUCAAACUCAUCCUUCAGUUGCAAAACUCACAAACAACAUUAGCCGCCGAGAAGCGGUAUAAAGGAGUGGUUGACUGUUUUAUUCGUGUUCCCAAAGAGCAAGGUUUCUUGUCAUUUUGGAGAGGGAAUUGGGUUAAUAUUCUCAGGGCAUGCAGUCAGGAGUCUCUUGGAUUUGCCUUCAAGGAUUUCUUCAAGAUUUGGAGUUUAAAUGGUGUCGAUCCAAAAAACCAACGCUUUCGAUUUUUGUUUGGAAAUAUAGCCGCCGGAGGUGGUGCUGGAGUUGCAACUUUUAUGAUAAUUUAUCCACUUGAUUUCGUUCGUACUCGACUGGCAAUUGAUUUAGGCAAAGAUAGAAAGGACCGAGAAUUCACAGGAAUGAUCGACUGCAUGCGAAAGAUAAUUAAGCAUGAUGGAGUGACUGGGAUGUACAAAGGAUUGUUGCCUUCACUUCAGUACAUAAUGAUAUAUAGAGGCGCCUAUUAUGGUCUUUUCGACUCUGCGAAGCCAUACAUUUCUAAGGAUGGCCGAACACUCGGCUUUUGGCGUGCAUUUGCGGCAGGGCAGGUUGUAACUUUCGUUGCUGCAAUGAUAUCUUACCCUCUGGAUACUGUACGUCGUCGUCUAAUGAUGGGUGCAGGAAAGAAAGAGUUCAUCUACAAAGGGACUAUUGAUUGUGCUAAGUAUAUUUACGCGAACGAGGGCUGGAGAGCGUUUUUCCAUGGUGCAAUGGUUAAUGCAAUGCGAGGCACCGGUGCCGCCCUCGUCUUAGCUCUUUACAAUGAAAUAGCGAAAUAUAUGUAA